AUGACACCGGCUGAACCGUCCACCACCGUCCACCUCGUCCACAUCGUCGUCGCCGCGGCGCGCUUGUGGCUUCGGAUCGACAUAGGCACUUACAGCUCUCGCCGAGCUGUGCUGGCCAGUCAACGAGCUCUGGCCAUGGACAACUGCGGCAUAACCUCAGUGCUGAACUUCCGUGACGUCGGUUCCACGGUGAACGACUAUCUCGGACACGAUGCUUCCUCGGAGGACAGGAAACGUCUGCGAGAUGACCUGGGUAUCAAGGCGGUGAUAGACCUGCGCACGAAGACCGAACACGUUAGGCAGGCGAAGAAGCGCCAGGCCGAUCUCCAGAUUCCGGCGCUCCUGCAGUCCAACGCUGCGCUGGCCGAGCCGGUUCAGAUACCGGGUCUCAGGUAUCACGAGAUCAAAGUAACUGGCGGCAACUUUGAGCGGUUCUUGCUGUCAAAGGUCUCCUGGGGCGGUUUCUUCCGUCUCAUCUUCUUAUUUAUCUUCGGGUAUCGCAAUGAGGGUAUUUCCAUCCUGUCUCGUGAGGUUAUGCUGCCACGCGGCCUGGUAGGACUGGGAUUUGACACCCUGGACCAAUCUGGACCUGAGGUCGCCAAGGCACUGAGAGUCUUUCUCGAUCCGACAGGCUCGCCCACAUUGGUGCAUUGCACUCAGGGCAAGGACAGGACAGGCCUUAUCGUAACUCUGGUGCUUCUGAUACUGGAGGUGCCGCUGGAGGCAAUCGAGCACGAUUACUCGUUAACUCAAGGAGCUCUCGAGUCCGAGAGAGAGGAAAGACUGAUCGAGAUGAGAGAGAUUGGCCUGACGGAUGAGUGGUUCGACACGGCGCCGGACAUGAUCGUCAGUAUUGCUCGGCAUCUCGACGAGGUGUAUGGCGGAGUCCAAGGAUACCUGGACAAGAUCGGGUUUGAUCGGGAUGACCGCCAGGAGCUGAAGCAGCUUCUCCUGUACUGA